AUGGCCGAAGCUGCGCAGGCCCCACCUACUUUCAAGCUCGUCCUUGUCGGUGAUGGUGGCACAGGAAAGACUACCUUCGUCAAGCGUCAUUUGUCUGGAGAAUUCGAAAAGAAAUAUAUCGCUACACAAGGUGUAGAGGUUCAUCCUCUAGGCUUCACAACCAACCUUGGUCAGAUUCAAUUCGAUGUUUGGGAUACCGCAGGUCAAGAGAAGUUUGGCGGUCUAAGAGAUGGUUACUACAUCAACGGCCAGUGCGCUAUCAUCAUGUUUGACGUCACAUCCAGAAUCACAUACAAGAACGUACCAAACUGGCAUCGUGAUGUAGUACGAGUCUGCGAAAACAUUCCAAUCGUCCUCUGCGGUAACAAGGUCGACGUCAAGGAGCGAAAAGUCAAGGCCAAGACAAUCACUUUCCACCGCAAGAAGAACCUGCAAUACUACGACAUCUCAGCAAAGUCAAACUACAACUUCGAAAAGCCGUUCUUGUGGCUGGCACGAAAGUUGGUUGGCAACAGCUCUCUCGAGUUUGUCGCCGCUCCAGCUCUUGCUCCUCCCGAGGUUACCGUCGAUCAAGCGACUCUUGAUCAAUACCAGAGAGAAAUGCAAGACGCUGCUGCCAUGCCUCUACCUGAUGAGGAUGACCAAGAUCUGUAA